AUGGAAACAAAUAACCAUUUUAAUUAUGGGCCUCACCCUGUGCCGACUAACUCAGGACUGAAGCAUUCCUCAGGGGAGUCUCUUUUUACUAACGGGUCCUCCAUGAGCUUCCCCCAGCAAGGGAAAAAUCUGAACGGCGACAUGAAUGUGAAUGGCAUCACUACUGCAGACGGGGCCAGCCAAUCUGGACCUCACCCUCCUUCUUCCUCUUACCCUCAUAUGAGCAAUCACCACCGGCAGGGCAGCAUGGGCUAUGACUACUUGUGGGGCCAGUCUCCGUAUAAUCCUGCUCUGAGUUCUGGCACCAGUUCUGGCUCUGGUCACGGAAUGCACCAGAAACCAGGCUCACAAGGAGUGAUGCAACAGCAGCAGCCUCAGCACCACUUUCAGGGACAUGGACAGUACCAAGUCAACGGGAGCAUGGGGGGUUCUCGGCAACCCCCAGUAGCAGGGGCGCAAUACUGGGGCCGAGGAAAUCCUGGCCAACAGCAAGAGGGAUCGUCACUGUCAAUGGGAUACAGUUCUCAUGGCAUGUAUGGUGGUUACCCAAACCAGGUGCACACUGGCAUCCCACAAACAUCACAUCACCAGCAGCCUCCACCCAUUCAGCAUCAAUCUGCAACAGCGCUUCAUCACCACCCACAGCACCACCAACCUCAGCAUCCACAACAACAACAACAACAGCAGCAGCAGCAGCAGCAUUAUAGCAUGGUGCCUAAUGGGAUGCCCUUUUAUCAACACCAAGCUCAGCAUGCGCCUCUGUCUUCUCAGCAGCCUCAAACCCAAGCCCAGUCACAACCCCCAACUCCAAUGAUGCCUACCACACAGAACUUUACCCCACCACGGGGAAGUCCACAGCACCCUCACAUCAGCCAUGGGGGUACCAGUAGCCCCCUGCCAAUGCAAGUACCAAGAAUGUCCCCCUCUUCCAAGUCUGACAGUGGUUCACCUCAAAGAAAGGAGAGUCCUGGUAGAGGCAGUGUGGCUCAUUCCACUGGAAUUCAAGUGCAUAUGAAUGAGUCCUACAAAGAAGUUGAUCAAGGUUACAAUGGCAUUCAAAUGGCGUCUGUCCCCCAGCGGCUGUCUGUCAGUGAGGGUUUCCCUGUGAAGCCUCCAGUAACUCCCUUAGUGCCCGCUAAUGACUACAUAUCACAAAUGCAGCAGGCAGUCGUGGAUGCUGAGCCUGCAAAACAGCACCGUGACAUGGGAACCAUGCUCAAGGAGUUGAGUCCUCCAGUGGCUUCUCCAUCAUGUCAGAUGUCAACUGCACUUCCUCAAACAGUCUCGGGGCCCACUACUACACAGUCCUCAUAUUCCACAGCAGUUUUAGAAUCUCCUCAAGGAGUUUCUACACAUGCUUCAGUUGUACCGAAACCUGGAGUGAACACCUCAUCAUGUAUGGCUGUACCUCCUCAAUUGCUCACCACUCCUCCAUUAAUGGUUCAAGGCCUAAGACAUGGUGCCGUCUCUGUACCUUUAGCGUCUGUUGCUGUGCCAGCAGCACUUUCAACUUCUGCUUCAAAAUCUUCUACACCUCAGAUGGGCCAAAGCUCCAAAGUACCUUCUCCUGCUGUGUCUACACCACCUCCAGUUAUAUCUUGCAGUCAGCCUGUGGCUGUUACACCUCCAGUAAAGUGCACAGGGUCUAUGGGUCCACAGGUUCCUCAGCCACUUACAUGUCAAGAUACACCUCAUCCAGUAAUAUCCACUCCUUCCUCUGUGCUAGCCCCUCCCCAAAGGGCCCUGAUGUCUCCUCUGAUAACCCCAAGCUCUACACCUACUGCUGCUUCCUUGGCUCAUUCAACUGUUGAGAAUUAUUCUCUCCCUGUAGAUACUACAACUCUUUCUGUUAUCUCUACUCCUCCAUCUGCUUCUGUCAUUUCUCAGAUGGGUUCAUCUCCUCAGAAGUUUUCGGCACCUCCCCCUGCUGUAAGUGCUACACCUCAGGCUUCCCCAUCACCUCCUCCUGGAUCCACUGCUCCUAAGGCAUCAGUUUCUUCUGCAGGAAGCGUAACACCUCUUGGGGAUGCCAACACAAAGGUCGUCUCCUCAUCUCCUCAGAGCCUAGGACAUAUGAUUUCUCUUAAAGCAGAACAGCAGGCCUUUGGCAAACAAUAUAUUGCUCAAAAAACCAGCAGUGAACCCAAUGUUAGUCAUCCAUGUGAUAAAGCUAUUCUGACAGGUUCAGUAUCCAAACAGGAAUGUCACACAGAUCACCAAUCUGUAUCUCUUGAUAAAAGCUAUGAAACAUCCUUGAACACCCCAGGUUCGAAAGAGCUGGAGAGGGGCAAUGUACCUUUAGUUGAAAAGGAUCCUGGCACCAGCAAAGACCAAGCCACUCCAGGAGAUCAAGCAGGAGUUAACACUCUGAAUGAUACCUUAGACACCGAGACAUCUAUGAAUUACCCAUCUUUGGAUGAGUCAACCUACACCGAUGCAUCUAGAACAGAGGACAUUGGAUCCAUGGAGGAUAGUUAUGACGUUUCCCUCAACAACGCUUCCCAGGCUGAAGGUUCCUCCAUGUUUACAGAUGGAGCGACCACUGAAGAGUCCAAGGACUGGUUGCCUGAAGGAAGCCAUAGAGAAGACACCUCUUGUGAAGAUGAGACAAUGGCCACCGGGAGCUCCAGUGAUGAUACCUCACUCCAGCGUAAUUUGCAGAUAGAUUACUCCUUAAAUGACACUUCACAGAAUGAUACCUCUCAGCUGUCUGUAUAUGAAUUUUCCAUUCACUCUUCUAAAGCCAAUGAGGCAGAAGCUAAAGAGAAAGGACAUGAUGCUCCAGAAUUAGUUGGCAGUGUUAACCACAUCAUUCCUGCACUGUCAGACACUAGAGUACAAGGAGGUAGUGAUGUAAUAGACUUGGGUGGAGGCACUAAUCUUCCGCUGUCAGCAGCCCCAUGUGCCAUGGCAGUGAAGAAGCCUCGCAAACCAAAGACACCAAAGGCUUCGGCUCCUCCUGAUCAAAGUUCACCAGAUGCUAAGAAAAAGAGACGAAGGUCAACACCUAAAGUUCCAAAAGAGGAAAAUGUGGAAUGGAAGAAAACAAAUGAAGAGAAGUCACCAUCUGAAACAAAGAAGAGGAAAACCUCCAAAGAGGCAACAGAACUGGCACUUGUCUCUGAUGGUCCACUUUCUGAUGGAGCACCUCCUCUUCUGCUUGCAGUGUCAGGAAGCAUCAUCGAUGACCCCAACUUGCCCAAUAAUAAUGAAGUCUCUGUUCUUAAACCUAAGAAGUUCAGGAAACUCAAAAUAAAAGAAAUGACAGGGCAGUCUCUCAAACCACCCAAAAAUGAAGCUGCUGUGGAAGCAAAGACUAAUGAAGGUGAUGAAGACAACAGCUCCACAGCAGGAGAAACCCCAAGACGAAGAAUAGCUACUGAAGAGCAAGUGAACUUCCCUCUUCUUCAUGGCUGGAGGCGAGAGAUUCGUGUGCGUACACUUGAAGACCGAAUGAAAGGGGAGACGUGGUACUACAGCCCCUGUGGGAGGAGAAUGAAACAGUUCCCUGAGGUCAUUAAGUAUCUGAAGAAACACCAGAAUAAUUUGAAUGGAGUGACAAGGGAGCACUUCAGUUUUAGCCCCCGCAUCCCAGUGGGGGACUUCUAUGAGGAACGAGACACACCUGAGGGAAAGAAAUGGUUCCUUCUGGCCAACGAGGAGGUUCCCUCAAUGAUUAUGUCAAUAACUGGCAGACGAGGUCGCCCCCCAAAUCCCGACAAAGAAGGCAGGCCUCGAUCUCGAGGCCGUCGGCCCAAAGGGACACCUGCUAGGCGACCGGGCAGACCUCCAAAGGCCAAAAUGAUAGACCUCCUAAGCAAAAUAGAUGCCAGGCUGUUGAAGAGACUGGAGGCAAAGGAGGAGCUGACAGAAGAGGAGAAAGAGAAACUAAUUAAGAUAAAGAAGAAAAUGAAGAAAAAGGCAAGACUGAAGAGGAGGGAAGAAGCCAAGAUCAAAAAGAUGAAACAGGAAAAACUAAAAGCUAAGCUGGAGAAUGCCAAAGAGCCCAUGUCAGAGGAGCAAGCUCAGGGCCAGUUUCCAGACACAGAGAUGCCCCAGCCAGCUUCAGAACCAAAGAAGCGUGGCCGCAGGAGGAAAGCUCCAGCCCCAGCGCCUGUAGAGGAGGACCUGGAGAAGGCCAGCCCUGUGAAGAGGGCAGCGAGGGCCCGCUGUAAAGCCAAGGCUCUUGCUAAGGCUCAGGCUGAAAUGGAGGCCCAAGCACAGGCUGUGCUGGCAGCUAAGAGGCAAGCAGAGAGGCGGGCACAGGCGCAAAAACGGUUGGAGGAGAGGAAGAGGCAGCAGUUGAUCCUAGAGGAGCUGAAGAAACCCGCUGAGGACAUGUGCCUCACUGACCACACACCUCUACCAGAGUUGUCUUGUAUCCCUGGACUCGUGCUGUCAGGUGUGGCCUUUUCCCACUGUAUCACAGUCGUGGAGUUUCUGCAUAGCUAUGGCAAGGUGUUGGGUCUCCAAGUGCCUAAGGACAUCCCCAGCCUGGCCACCCUGCAGGAGGGUCUUUUGGGCAUUGACAAUAGCCAGACUGAAGUCCUGGAUCUGUUAGUAAAACUGGUGGAGGCUGCAUUGAUUGAUCCCGGACUGCCAUCAUACUACCAGUCGGUAAAAAUCCUGGGUGAAAAGCUGGUGGAUCUGGAGUUGAGCCACAGCACGGUUUCUGAGGUGCUCCGGAUCUUUCUGGAAUCUCGUGGCUUUGAGCUGGAGGUGUGCAACAUCCUCCGCACUAAAAGCUUCCAGACUCUGUGCCCUGAUGUCAAAGCUGCUAUCCUGGCCUUUCUUGUGGAGGAGCUUAACGCUAGCAACAUAGUCAUCAGGGAGAUUGACAACACACUGGAGAACAUGACUACCUACAGGAAGAACAAGUGGAUUAUUGAGGGCAAGCUGCGCAAACUGAAGGCUGCUUUAGCGCGGAAGACAGGCCGCUCUGAAGAGGAGCUAUGUUUUGAGGAGCGGAGGCGCAGUGCCCGUGUUGGAGUGGCUGAAGAGGAGAGUCUGGAGGAGAAUAGCCUGCUGGAAAGGGGCAGCCGACGCCGGCCCAAAGAAGAGCCAAAACUCAGCGAGGCUGAAAGUCCAAACAGUGCAAGUAUUCCUGAACUGGAGCGACAGAUUGAUAAGCUAACCAAGCGCCAGGUGUUUUUCCGUAAGAAGCUGUUGCAGUCAUCGCAUUGCAUGCGGGCAAUGUCUCUGGGGCAGGAUCGUUACCGGCGCAGAUACUGGCUGUUGCCUCAUAUUGGCGGUUUGCUGGUUGAAGGGCCGGAAGAGAUCUUGGCAUCAGAUGAUGUUCUGGUGAAGGAUGUGCCAGUAACAGCAGUAAAGAAAGAAUUUGUCUCCCCUGUGAAGACGGAGGUCAAAGAGGAGCCGCCUGUAUCUCCUGUGCCCAACGUGACCAAAAUCCCCCUCCCAUCUUCCCCUCUUUCCCAUCCAUUACCUCCCUCUUCUUCUAGUCUCUCCCCAGAGGUGGACCCUCUUCCAGGUGAGGCUUCCCUAAUGAGCAGCCCCCGAGGGCGCGGCCGACCCCGCAAAAUUAAACCAGAAGUAGAGCUCCAUCUACGUGCUGCUAAGAACCGCAGGCGCCGGCGCAGCAGCAGAUCAGGUGGUGAAGAUUCAGUAAUUGGGAUACGGCCUGAUGCCACAGUGCAGGAUCUGACCCAGUCAGCCUUCCAGACGUGGCUCAGCCAGUCCCAGGGCUCCAUGACAGCUGACACAUCAGUCUUACCAUCUGGGGCUGGGCAGGGCGAGGAUGGCAGCCAACCAGAGGAUGGUAUGAAAGAGCUGGCAGAGAAGAGAGGGCAGUGGUUCAACCUGUUGCCCAAGGAGCCAUGUGACGAGGCAUCUCUGUCCCAGCCAUGUGCACCCUUAUCUACCUCUGUGUCUCCCACUAAAGACACACCCAUUCCCCUGAUUACUGCACCUCUUCCCCUGAGUGCCGCACCCCUCUUUGGACCACUCCUACAGGCUGUGAUUCCGCCUCCUCAGGUGUGCUCCACUCCAGCUCCCAGGCCUGGGAGGAGGCGCAGGAGGGGCAGUGGUGCUGGCCGGGGGCACUCUCGGUCUGGGGCAGCGAAGCGCAGGGGCAGGCCACCAUCCUCUCUCUUCCAGGAGAUGGAACAGAAGUACUUCACUCAGCUUGUGGUCAAGCCCAUUCCACUUGCGAUGGUGAAAGGCUGGUGGUGGAUCAGAGAGCCUGAGGAGCUGACGGCCAUUUUGAGCGCUCUCCAUCCCCGCGGUAUCAGAGAGAAGGUUCUCCACAAACACCUCACCAAGCAUAUGGAGUUCUUGGUGGAGUUCUGUACACGGCCACUGACUGACCCCAUAUUCCAGCAGAAGGAGGAUGGAGGCUUGCUGGAGGCAACACAGAAGCCAUGGGUGGCACAGGAGCUGGCAAUGCAGAUUGACAUCAGUGUUCUACAGUGGGUGGAGGACCUGGAGCAAAGGGUGCUGGGUGCUGAUCUGCAGCUCAAGAUGGCUACCCCAAGUGGACUGAGCGACACUGAGAGUGCCGCCGAAUCAUCAGCUGCAGGAUUUCAGAUGUACACCCCGCCAGAGCCAGACUCCACUCGAGACGAUCUGCAGUAUUAUGAGCAUGAGGUAGACCCUAGGGACGACUGGAUAGUGAAAAUCAAGAAGGAAUGGUCAGACCUGCUACGUGUGCCCUCCAAUCCACUGGACUUAGCUGUUCUGCGGCUGACCAACCUGGAAAGGAACAUUGAGCGCCGCUACCUCAAGGAUCCACUGUGGAACCUGUCUGAGGUGGUGCGCUUGGCCCCACUUACACCUCCACCCGGCGGAGAGGAGAUGCCAGUGGAUGCAGUCAGCCUGGAGAGUGAGAUCACGCCUCGGCUGAGGACAUGGAGGCAAGCCCUGGACCGCUGCCGUAGUGCAUCUCAGCUCGCCCUGUGUCUACUGCAGCUGGAGAGGGCAAUUGCCUGGGAGAAAUCCAUUGUCAAAGUGACAUGCCAGAUGUGUCGGAAAGGUGAUAAUGAUGAGUGUCUGCUGCUGUGUGACGGCUGUGAUCGCGGAUGGCACAUGUUCUGCCUGAGGCCAAAGGUUACUGAGGUGCCGGAUGGAGACUGGUUCUGUCCCACCUGCAUUUCUAAGGGAAUUGGUGAAGGUUCGCGGCCACAGCGAUCAGCGAGGCAGAGGUCAAAGGCACGAAAACGACGCUUUGCUUAUGGAGCGGAAAGUUCUGAUGAUGAGGAUGGGCAUAAGCGGAGCAUGAGUACCCGACAGAAAGAUGUCCAAACUCCCUCUAGUGGGACAAGUCAAUCACUCGCUAAACGCAGACGCAUGGCUACAAGGAACCAGCCUGACCUCACAUACUGCGAGAUCAUUCUAAUGGAGAUGGAGGCCCAUGCAGAUGCCUGGCCCUUCCUGGAGCCGGUCAACCCCCGACUUGUGCCUGGAUACCGACGGAUUAUUAAAAACCCUAUGGACUUUCUAACAAUGCGUGAAAGGCUUUUACAAGGAGGGUAUUGUAGUUGUGAGGAGUUUGCUGCAGAUGCCCAACUGGUCUUCAACAAUUGUGAGCUCUUUAAUGAGGAUUCAUCAGAGGUGGGCAAGGCCGGGCAUUCCAUGAGGCGCUUUUUCGAGAGCCGCUGGGCAGAGUUUUAUUCGAACAGUGACAAAUAGGGUCCUGCUGUGGGGCUGAUAUUGGAAAGGAUAUGAAUGCCACACCCUACCCCUUGUUGCUCAUGACUACCAGGACUGAUUCUGAAGACUUCUCCAGUCCUCUGUAUACAUAUGUGUAGAUACAUGUAUAGAUUUGUUCUGUUCAUUUUGAGUCCAGUCUGUCCUUUUUCUUUCGCCCUCUCCUGUUAUAUUUUUUUUCCAAUAUUGUUGCUUGGGCGUAAAACACAAGUUCCUAUUUUUUAAAUCCAGGUGUUUUGUGUGUGUGUGUGUGUGUGUGUGUGUGUGUGUGUGUGUGUGU